AUGAUAGCACUCCCUGGAAAGGCCAUGUUGAAGGCCUCGGCGCUUGUAAUGUUGGCUAUGACGGCCGCCUUGGUUGUCCAUCAACUCAGCUACACCAACGACUUCGCCCUUCCAAACCAGUCCAUAGAGAUCAUCGGGCUAUGCAAUGCUUCUGAACGCCAGGGAAAAGACCUUCAAGAUCCCACCGAUACAAAGACACCGCAAGAGCCCAUCCCCAAGAUUAUCCACCAGCUUUGGAAGGACGACAACCUAAGCACAUACUCGGUCCGAGCCUCGUACGACACGUGGAAAACUACGAUGGAGCCCUUCAACUAUACCGUAAAACUAUGGACAGACGAAGAUAUUCUCGAACUUAUAAAGACAGAAUACUCUUGGUUACUGUCAACGUACGAGGGCUACGCCCAAAACAUUCAACGAGCCGAUGUGGCGAGACUGGUUGUUGUCCAUGCAGAGGGAGGCAUAUAUGCAGACUUGGACGUAUACCCCAGAUCGACCGAAGAGAUGACCUGUGUGCAAAGCCUCGGCUUACAGGCCAUCUUCGCCCCAACAUCCAGCACCCUUGGACUCAGCAAUCACUUCUUCAUGGCACAGCGUGGCUCUUCCUUCCUCGAAUGGGCUCUCCGAGAAGCCAAGCGACGCGGCGGUGCGACCUCGAAACGAAUCCUCCUUCCCUACCUCCAGCACAUUGCAUCACGGCGUGGCGCUGUUGGAUGA